UAUUAUUCUUAAAAAUAAACUGUACUUUACACAAAAAAAAAAAAAAAAAAACCUACACAAAAAAACCUUAAAUAGCCGACUUCCUCUUGGAUGGAGCAGUACUGACUGUCAGCACGAAAGUUGUUCGGCCUUAUGAGAUCUAAAAGUGUGUGAGUUUUGGUGAGUGUUGGUCAAACGGUGUGCGCUACUCAAAAGUCGCCUUUUUAAAGUCUGCGCCUUAGUAGCUUGGGCCCUAAAUAUAACAAUAUUUACCUUUCAAGCACUCACAGUACAACACAGAGAGGUGUCCCACACCACACAGACCUCUCGGUCUUCCGGUCUAUUACGGAUGUUGUGUUUGGAUAUACCAGGACCCCACAACAGACCACCACGAGGAGCAUAAGCAGAUGCAUUAAAUAGGAAAAAUAAUUACACGACAAGUAUAUUCAUACAGUUGCAACGCAAAUGGACAUACUCGGAACAACCAAUAAUAAAUGACCGUGCGCGAGCCAGGGACUGAGCGCGCCGACCACAUCGGCAUUUCAUAAUAGCAUUGUAUCUCCAAUAAACUAUUUGGGUACCAUGGAUGGAGAGUUACCACCGUGGAAUAAACAUGGAAGCCAUAACAGCAGGGUUCCCUAUGCUACAGCAGGGGAACAUCAGCAGGAGCAUGACGUGAUAGGAGACAGCUUUGCUGCUGGAGAACCAAUGACACCACUGUCAUCUUGUAUGAGUGGUGCAUUUAAGGCUUUGCUACCAGACUACCAUGGGACUUCUUCAACAAUGUUAACAAACUCUGAUAAAUAUUCCUAUUCUCCUGAUAAUCAUUGUCUCAUCAAACCUGACACUGCAGUGGAUGAAAAGAUAUCAGUGGAGAGAAGGGAAGAAAGUGAUUUUUUUAAAGACCCUUUGGGUGAAGCAUUAGCUGGUGCCACACAUAUGCUUCCUCUCAGGUGUGCCCAAUACGUGACACAUGAAAAGAACCGAGAAGUGGACCAGAAAAAUGGUAAUUGGACAUCAGUGAUCAAAGAUGCUUUAGAGAUGAGUAAUGGAAUGGAAAUGGAACAAACUUUAUCCAUGGAUGAACGUGGCCCCCUAAUGGACUAUAAUCCUAUACAUAGAGGACCUGAAACGGAGGCAAAUUUUACAUUGAAGGACCACUAUCAGAUUGCAGGUUCCAAACUAAAUGAGAAGAUGGAUGGGCAAGGAGUAAAAGAAGAAUCGGAUUCCUUUAUUUCAAUGUUGUCAGAUGACAUUAGUAAAAAUAAGGAUGUUCUGGAAAUGGGGAAACAUGAGGAGCCAAGCAUGUUAGAUGUUGGAUCAUCUCUAGGAAAAAAGGAACUUGGAAUUACUGGAAUCAGAGAACAUGAGUUAGGGUUAUUACCAGGAUUUAACACUAGUUCAUACACUCCUUUUUCUUCAUCAGAAAGUCUUAUGAAAAGCGAACAGUUUCCAGGUAAUCGUUUGCACAACCAGUCUGUUGAUCACACUCUCCAGGGAACAACACAACAAUGUGGGCUGUCGUGCAAAGGUGUCAGUCCUAGAAAAACUGCCAGCACAAAUACUGGCUUCAAACAUGCAGAAGUAAACAAUGAAACUGUUCUUGAAAGUUCGACUGUAUAUGGUCUUCAUCGUCUUGAUCUUCAAAAGGACUGUCACCAAGCAGAGGUUACAGAUGGAGAAUCUUCAGUUAAUUCUCAGGAUCAUUCCUCACAGCACAAUGUGCAAGAUGAGAAAGUAAAGACAAGCAAUCCGCAUGUCUCUGAGACUACAGUAAUAAAACAAAAUGCAGCAUAUCUGCCCAACAGUCAAUACUUUGGCAGUAAGCUAAAAAGGCAGGUUUAUGAUCUUGUAUCCACUCCAGCCUCAGUGGGCAGUCAAAACACAGCUGAGGUUGAAUGUGAAAACGUAAAACUGCGGAUCCCAACAGAAGAGAACAGUCUACCUGUGCCAGGAAAAAUUGAAACUAAUGAUUUUCAAGAGACAUCUAUUAACACAAAAACUGAACUCAGUCUAAAGGUAGAAACUAAAUUUGCCCCUGAAAUUCCGAACUCUUCUUCAGUAUCAGAGACAGUUCCAGAUCUACCUGUUGUAUCCAACAGAAUUCACACUGAUUAUAAAUGCAGAGAUGCUCAGUUUGAGCCAGUCGAAAGUGGCAAAUUAAAUGAGCUUUGUUUUCAAGAGAGCAAUUCAAAAAAUGUGACACUGACACUUACCUCAAGUUCUGUGUUAACUCAAAGAACUGCAGAUGAAUGUGAUAUUCAUGUCCAAGAAAAACAAACCCCAACAAGUCCAGUUCUUCUGCCUUUUAACGAGAAUGUAAAAAACUCUGAAAGAAGUGAAAAGGUUCUUCUCAACAUUACUUCAGAAAGCAGUAUUCCUUCAUCUACUGAGAAUGUUCAGGAAGCUCCACCUUCUCCCACAUCAAGGACGGACUGCUCCUCUCAGCAUAACCUACAAAAAGAAUUGCAAAGGCAUAAGAAAGCAAGAAAAAGAAAACAAUCUGAGCUUGAGGCAUUAAAAGGACCAAUACACAAAUUUAAUAAAAGAGAUGACUGUUCUAUAUAUGGAUCAGAAGUAUUAGACAGUGCUGUCAAACUAGACACAACAGGAUGUGAGAAAGCUAAUCAAAAUGUUUUAUUGGCUGAUCAUGACAGCACUGCACCAAAAGAGGACUUAAUUACAUAUGGUGAUGUAAACCCACCUGCACCUAGGAAAAAAUGUCGGAUGGCACAACUUGAGCUACUGGCAGAUACAGCAGAGUCCUCACAAAAGCCAGAUCAAAGCUGCUCUGAAGCCACACGGGAAGAAGUAGCAUCAAAUGCUAGGAUCAACAGGAAGGCUGUUUCAAGAAAGAAACUGAAGAAAAAAACAAAAAACUCUGCUAGCCUUGGCAAUCAGUGUUCGUCUCAAAGUACUGUCUUGUCCCCAGAAGAGGACUGUACAUCACAUUUUCCGGUCAGUGACACAACUCCAAUGAAAGGAGUCAGUAAUCCAACAGUAUUGGAACAUGCCACCUCUAGUCUAGAGUCCAUUCAAAAAAAAUUACAAAAAUCCAGAAAAAAGGCUACAACGCAAACACUACAAAGCAAAGAUGAUCCACAUAAAGAUGUUCCCCCAACAUUUUCAGAAGUUGAGGCAGACAUGGAUGUCAAAGGGCAUCAGAAGUUGAGAAGAUUUCCUUUAAAGGCUUGUAAAGGAAAAAAUAGGAAUGCAACUAGUCUGCUGAAUAGACAGUCUUCACAAGACUCUGAGGGUCAAACAGAUUCUGUUUCAACCUCAGUGACUGAAUCUUUAAAGACUCUAAGCCCUCAGAAUAACCCAAAGAAAUCAAAGCAGAAGAAAAGAGCACAUAUCAACAAAUCAGCAAAAACAUCCAACGUGUGCCCACAAGAGGAUAUGGAAAUCAGGAUGACUCCCAAAACAAAAACUGUGAAAGCAAAAAGUCCCCUAAGAAAGGCAAUUAGAACAGAUGACAAUGAAACUACUCUUUUGGACACGCAGCCUUCUACAGCCACUGCUAAGCAACCAGAUUCUGUUUCAAAUGUAGGAAAUGAAGUUGAGUCUCCUGUUAUUCUCAGCACACCAAGAAAGUCACAGAAAAAGAAAUUGUCACAGAUUAAAUGUGAAGCAAUACAUAUACCUGUAUUUGACCAAACAACAGCUCAACAAAGUGUUUUGAAUGCACUCUCAGAAUCUGAUGUCAGCAUUGUGGAACCAACUACAAAAAGAUUCAGAACAAGAAAAAAACUUGACAAAAAAGUUUCUCAUAACACAGUUGGUGAGAACUGUGAACCCGCUCAUAUGACUCUUUCUUCAAUUGAUUCUGUGUAUGCUACAGAAACUGACUAUUCAGGUUCCAGCCAUCAGAACACAGAAAAUACAUCAAGUAAGAGGAGAAAGACAGACAUCAAGUUUAUGGAAGCUCAAUCAUCCACUACUACUUCAUCUAUUGUGGUUUCAAAUCCAGAAGAGACUGUGAAAGACAAAGGAUUUUCUAGAAACAAAACAAGUGACAACCACUUAAAUGGCAAUUUGGUUGAAGAAACAUCUUUAUUAGCAACUGUGAUGCAAGAAAGUUCUAUUUUACCUACAAAGAUUGACUCUUCAAGACGUUUUAGACUAAGCAGCACACUGAAAAAGCCAAGAAAAAAGACUGUAACCAAAAUCAAAAAUGAGGCAGCAGAAAUACUCGGUGUAAACCAGCAAGAAGAUCCGGCUGCAGUACCCUCAAAAUCUGGUGCAAACAUAGUAGCCUCCAGUUCACAAAUGACUUUAAAAGAAAAAAGAACUGUGGAAAAGGCAAUUAGGCAGGAAAUUAAGGAUGACCAUUCAGUUGCUCUUUUCAAAAUGCAGGCUUCUACACUCACUCUGAAGCAAACGGAAUGUUCAUCAACUUCAGUUCACAGCACAGCAAAAAUAUCUAGGAAAAUGUCUGACAUUAAACACGAAGCAGUACAUACACCCGCAGCUGACCAAACAAUGCAACAAGAAAUCCAUCCAUUUGAUUCUAUAUCAGCCACAGAAAUGGAUCAUUCAGAUGUUCUCAAACAAAAGAAGACAAAAGUGAAGAUGAAAAAACAGCCUAAAAAGGCCACUAAAUGCAAAACACACAUUACCCAAGCAAUCAGCGAUAUUAGAGAACAGUCUACUGUGCAGCAAGAAAAUUUAGUUUCAAACAGAAACACAAAUUCAAGGUCAGAAGACAUGACAAAGAAAUGUAAGAAAAAGAGAACAUCGGCACUGGAAGUCAGAAAUGAUCAACCAGAGGACGUGGUUCUGCCUCCACCAGUAUCUCAGAGUAAGGAUGCAACACAAGACCCUUGCGUAAAGACAGACAAUGUGAAUGAAACAGCUGAAAGUCAUGUUGAAAACCAGGUUUCCAUCACUACUAAAGAUGUUGCCAGCCCUCAGAGCUCACUGAAAAAGGCAAAGAAAACACAAAGGAAACAACUGCUUGAGCAAAAAGAAGAGAAUGAACAAAGCAAUAUCCUAGAGCUGGCUCACAGAGAGGACAAAAUGUCAGAUUUACCAUCUGUUGUGAGAGGGGUAGCCUCUGAGAAUUUUGAAACAGUCAGCUGUGACCAGCAUAUAAAGGUUGCUAAGAAGAAAUCCAAAAAAUCUAUGGAAAUUGCAGAAGCACAUGGAUUUACUAGUGUUUCUUUGUCUCAAGAGAACAAUACUGGAUCAGAUGAGGCAGGUGUCAUGGUCACUGUUACACAGGUUGCAGAUUUAUGUAAACUGUCUGAUAGUCAGACCGUAGGCUCACAGCAGCCUGAAAAAGAUGAUGCUAUGGUUGACUUCAAAGCCACAAAUCCCCCUAAGAAAAGGGGUAGAAAACCUGGACGAAAGAAGAGGAAGAUGGCUUGCCUGUUAACUCAAACCAUUAAAGAAGAGGAACAUAAAGAUAUAUGUUAUGACAACAGAACUGCCUGUGAUUUUAAAAACAACACACAAAUUCAAACUUCUGACAUUCCAGAAGAACCAGUACUGAAAUCAAGAAAAUCAACCUGGACACAAAAAAUAAACUCAGGUCCAGUUGUUGAGAAUUUGUUAACCCAGGGCAAGAGCACAGUCUCUUUAGACAUCACUGGGUGUCACACAACACUUGGAGAGACUCUUUCAAAUUCCAUGCAAACUGCUGAUUGUGAAGACCGAUACACUGUUGAGAAAAAGCCACGAAGACGAGGAAGACCCCCUUCAAAGAAAGGCAAGAAACAGAAAUUAUUUGUAGCACAUUUAGAAGAUAACACCUCUCCAUCUGUCCAGAUCUCAGAUCUCUCUCCAUGUCCAGACAGCACAGAAAGUACUGUCAAAGCAGCUGCAAGUCCAAUAAAGCAAGAAGAUAUGGAUAAAAAUGUAAUUGUUACCAAACAAUUGGGGACUGAUCCCUCAGAAUCCCUUCAGAGUGCUAAUGAUCCCUUGUCACCCAGCAUCCCUACAUCUGGGCGUAAAAAAGGGAAGAACCCUAAAAGACCAAUAAGAGACCCAAAGUUAACAAGCUUGAGAGUAUCUAGCAGAACAUCUGUAACAUCCGUCACAGGUUUUCAAAAAGCAGACAUAACUUCCCUCCUACAAAACUCCACAAAUGUGUUUAAUGAGGAAGGGAAAACAUCUUUGCCUAUAUCUGGGACAGUGAAGAAACAGAAACUCUGUGAAAAAAAUGCUAUUCAAGAUGGCAGUGUGUUGGCAGAUAAAAAGAUAGAGAAUAAGGCAACAAUUAAAGUACUGAGAGGAAGAAAACGUGGUCGGAAGAGACGAAAAAUUAAAGAUGGACAGCUUCAAAGAUUAAAAACACAAGAUUGUUGUGAACCAGCCAAAGGUUUACUGACAAAGUUCAGUAUGACCAGUAAAUGUCUCACUGAGGACCAAAAUAAUAUACUCACACCAGAGAAAAAUGAUAUUGAAAAAACCAAGUCAGACAAUGUUGAAAUGAUCACACCAAUAACUGCAGAGACCUGCAAGAUAACACCAAAAAAAGACAUCCUAUGCAGUUCUCCCAGUGACCUGUCCUCCAAUUUAAUGAAAGAAGUCAAGAAGUGCAAAGUGGAAGAACACAGUGCGUUUGAGGUUUCUGUGCAAUCCUGUACUGAUAAUACAGGAGUCUCAAGAGGAAUUUGUAAUUUAAUUUCUAGUAAUGUGGUCAAGGAGGAGUCAGAACUAAUUUCUCUGGAUACAAAAAUGAAACCCAACAUUGAGCUGAAAUGUACUCAGGAAGCUGAUGCACUAAGCGUGGAAACGUCAGGAGAAAAAGUACUUGAUAACCCACCAGAGCCAGAAAAUGCAUUCCAGCCUUCUACAGAAUGGAAGGAGGAUAGUUUCACACAGGAUAGUGAAGACUGUGUUGUAAUGCCAAACAAAGUGACUAAUAACAGGACAAUAAGAUCCAAGCCUAAAGAAAUAGUGAAGAAACCUCUCACCUGCAAAUACUGUGGAGUUUCUUUUCGGCACAUUACAGCAUACACCAUUCAUCAACGUGUUCAUACAGGGGACAAACCCUACAAAUGCAAGAUCUGUGGAAAAACAUUUUCUCAACUGUCUAAACUAAAAUCCCACCAUAACGUACAUAAACAGGAUACCUCUUUUCCUUGUCCUUGCUGUAGCCGAAGGUUUUUGCAGAAAGAUGAUUUGCUAUGUCAUUUCAAAGUUCACCUGCAGGAAUCACAAGCAAACAGUGGACCACAGAAGCACAUAAAGAGCAAGAGAAAUACUUCAUCAAAUGUGUCUUCGGAGACCCCAAACAAUUGUGGAUGCCUUAUUCGCAAGAAAAACUUUGUAAAACGCGUCAAAUUGCAGGAUCACAUGCAAGUGCAUGAAGUGGAAAAGCCCUUGACUUGUAAAGACUGUGGGAAGACAUUUUUGAAAGAGUCAAGCCUCAUAGCACAUGAAAAAACUCACUGGCCUGUUAAACCAUAUGCUUGCUCGAUUUGUGGAAAAGGCUUUAACAAACUAAAAGCCCUAAAAAAGCAUUCUCAAGACCAUGCUGGUGAGACACCUUUCUCCUGCUUUCACUGCGGUCGUGGAUUCAGUGCCCUGUCUGCACUUAGGAUGCACCAAGCAUCCAAAACAUGCAUCGCAAGGAAAAAUGAUGAGGCGAGCAGUAACAUUGAGGGCUUCAUUGUGAGUCAAGGAGUUGACGGUCAAGUGAACACACCAGUAUUCUUCAAGUGUCAAAUAUGCAAACAGCUUUUCAGGAAAUGGUGCCAAUACACUCUUCACCUUCAAACACACACCAGCUCUCCCCCAUAUAUUUGUUUUUCUUGUGGACAGUGUUAUGAGACGGAUUCAGAGAUGAAUGUGCACUGUGAAGUGUGUUGCCAGUCAAGUGGGGAGGAGAAGAUUUGUGGUGCAUCACUCGCCGAAAUCUUGCAAAGUGUUACCCAAAUCUACCCUCUAAAGUGUACUUCAUCUCAGAGUCUACCAAGUACAGGAUUUCAGCUGAAUUCCCAAACACCAUCCAGCUCAGAACAGCUCCCGCAGCUGCCUCGAUUGAUGGAUGUGGAACCUACACAAACAAGAGAUACAGAGCUUUCAAAACUUCCUAAAACAUAUUCUGCUCAUUCACCCAUCAAGCUCCCAAAUGCCCAAUCACCCGCUCGUUCUGAUGUUAACUGUACUUCCCCAAGUAGCUCUCUGGAAUGCAUUGAAAUCACUCGGAGUAUUUGGAAAUUUAAAUGUUCACGUUGUGGUCAGCGAUUCGAGAGGUACAGGGAUUUGAGUGCUCAUCUGCAAACGCAUGCUCCUGGUUUCAGAUAUACUUGUGCACAUUGUGGACAGUUCUUUGGAAGGUGGAGUAAACUAUGGCUACAUCAGCAGCGUCAUCGCCUAAAAAGCCGUUGUUACUCCUGUACGCAGUGCAAUCUGCAGUUUCGUUUCUUUAGCUCUUUCAGAGAGCAUAUGAUUGACCAUGCCGGGCAGAGACCAUAUGCUUGUCCGCUCUGUCCCAAAACCUUCAUUCAGGAGGCAAGCUUACAUGCUCACCAAUGUGAGUCUCAUAAACUUUGUAAAAGUCUGAAAUGUGAUGUCUGUUCUAAGACUUUCAGUAGUUUAACAAACCUAAUCAAGCACAGUCUUCUGCACAAUGGUUCUACCUCUCACAUUUGUCUCCUUUGUAAUCUAUCUUUCACAAAUACAAGAGUCUUAAAGGAACACUUGAAAACACACACCACACACCAUGGACCGGCCCUCCCUGAUAUUCCAUCAAAGCCACUUGAUUUUCCUCACAAAUGCAAAAGGUGUAAAGCUAGCUUUUCAACUGGAGAUUUGCUCUACGCUCAUCAGAUACGCCACUCUCGAGAUGCAAAGACUUACAUCCGUCCAGCAGUAUUACCUACCUCAAAACUGUCCGAUUCUUGUUGUAAUGACACAUCAUCUUCCCCACCUUCCACUCACAGGAAUCAUAUAUCAAACCUCAAACUUGAUGGCAUACCCAAUGAUGACAGCCUGUAUGUUUAUUCCCACCCUGACAAGCUCUAUGUGUCCCCUAGUCACAGAGUACAACUUCCAGUCAUUAAUUUGGACCCUGAUGAACCAGAGGUCUCAGACUCUCAGAAUCCUGGUCCUGAAAUUCCAAAUAGUGAAAUCACUUCUCAGUCUGACAGCACACACCUACCUCAGGCCACUUCAGAUCAGGAAACCACCAACCUAAACUCAAGUGAAAGCAUAAAGAUGAUGGCAAAUGGUCAACAUAAUUACAGCCUCAACUGUCAGAGAAGCCCUACAUUUGUGGAGACAAGUGUUGACAUGGAAGUAGAACAACCUACUCAAGAAGAAGAGUCUGAGGAGAGUUUUGAAUGUGCAGACUGUACUGAAAAACUAACCAGCGUGUUGGGCCUUUAUGAGCAUUACAUACUUCAUGCAAUGGGAGAUGCAUAUGUACAAGUACACUGAUCAUUGAUAAUGUUUUAAGGUAGACAUUUUCCCACAGAUAUUAUGCUUUAAAAUGAAUGUUUUGACACAAAUAUGUGUUGACACUGUUAUCUGUUUUACAGUUGCAAUGUUUAAAGCAAAUAUUGGCAGAAUGCUUAACUUGUAUUUUUUACGUUGAACAGUGUGAAUAUUUUGCAUUACGACUCUUCAUUCUAACAUGCUUUUUCCACCCUCAGGUUUAAUCAGUUUAAAAGUUGUUGCCCACUAGCCACUCUUAGAUACUGUAUUCCUGGAGUCAUGUCACUAUGCCUUAUCUCAGUCAUCUCUGUACUGCCAUUUAUCAUCUCUUUUUGUGCCUUCAGCGAGUUUAGGUUCUGUAAAAGAUCUGUAAAUAGAUAUACAUAAUCUUGUAUAACUCCAAAACCUCCUAGUCCUUCCUCUGUAAAAAUCUCAUGGUUACAUUUUCAACACCUUUUAAAAUUCAAUUUUGUAAUAUUGAGAGGUGGUUAAAUGUAGAUUAACCUUGAGCAUUCAUAUAUGACUGCUGGCUGGGACAAAAAUAUAUUGUUUAUUGUAAAAAUGUGUAGAUCUUGAGAACAUUAGAAUAUUUCUGGAAAAUUAUGGCUUUGAAAAGAUCCAAAAGAUUCUAUGCUUUAGAAGUGGAUUCUUUUUUUUUAAUAAAACAUACUACUUGA